AUGUAUGGGCUAUUCAGUCAUUAUGUUUUCAUCUGUCUUGAGUGUUGUCAGCACGGGCCUUAAAUAGAUAUGUAGCAUGAUGUUGUAAUUUCAAACUCCAAACCCCUUAAUGUCUGGAGUGUGAUACAGAAAUGUCUGGGCUAUGAGGCAGAGAAAACGUUGUGAGGUUAAAAGCCUGAGUGUAGAAAGGUUUGGAGAGUGCAUGUGAAAAUGAAAGGAUGUUAGGGAUUGCCAGCCUUUCCAAGAUCUUCCCAACGCUGAUGCUAUACAGGCUGUGGGAUGAUGGGAAGAUAACCUCUCUGGAUGACCCUCUGGAGAAAUAUGUGGAUAACUUCACCAUUAAAAACCCUCUGGGCAAGUCACGGGACUCUGAGCUCAAGUACGUGACAGACGGCCUGAUCUUCCUGGAUAGUGGAGAGGUUCAGAUCCGCUCCUCCUCUGUCACUCUGCGCAGGAUGGCCAGCCAGCUCUCAGGUCUACCCAGAAGACUAAGAGCCACUAACCUGCUGUGGAAGGGGAAAACACAGGCUGCAGUGAAUCUGCUGCAAGAUGAUGUCCUUGUUGCAGACCCUGGCACCAAAUGCCACUACAGUAACCUAGCCUUUUCCUUACUGGCCCACGUCAUGGCUGAGAAGGUGGUGGGCCUGGACUACCAGCGCUGGAUCAAUGAUAACAUCCUGGACCGGCUGGGGAUGGAGGACACAGGCUUUGACUACACCCCAGGGAUCCAAAGCCAGAUGGCUGUGGGCGUCUACUCCAGUGGCCAGCCAGCCCCUCUGUAUGACCUGGGUUGGUACCGCCCCUCAGGCCAGAUGUUCUCCACUGCCGCUGACCUUGCCAAGCUGGCCAUGAUGCUGCUGGGGGCCUACCACCGCAAGCUCCUGGAGCCCGACACCCUGAAGAUCAUGCUGACCCCGCUGUACCGCUGUGAUAAGGACUACUUUGCCAACCGCACCGGGACGCCUUGGGAGGUGAAUGAGCAGCUGGGCUACGAGGUGCUGCGUAAAGACGGAGACCUGGAUGGCUACUCAGCCACCUUCUCACUGGUGCCCAGGCUCAAGCUGGGCCUGGUGGUGCUGAUGGCUGGCACCAGACCUCAGAACCAGGAGGUGGUGGCCAAGGCUUACAGUCACAUCAUACCCGCCAUGGAGAGGGUGUUCCGGGAGGCCAAAAAGAUCCUCAUCCCUCCCCCUAUUCCAGACCCUUACAUAGGCUUCUUCACUUAUGGAAACAUCACCUUCUAUGAGAUCAAAGCUGGGGCAGACGGUGUUCUGAUCAUGCAGCAGUUUGGUCCCCAGAUUGAGGACCUGAUCCCAGAGAGAUAUCGGACAAUCAAGCUGAACUACCUGGUAGACAGGGUGUUCAGGGUGGUAUUUGAGAAGGAGUACCCCUGUGUUUUGCGGGUCAGCACUGCCUCAGUCUCCCUUGAGGCCCAAGACGGGCAGCUCUUUAACUUUUAUGUGUUUGACAAGCGUGGUCUGUCCCCUGGCUUCGAUGCACCAGGACUGAAUACAUACAAUGUGAUCCGGAUAGCCCGUAGGCCGACUUUCUCAAACUAACUGAACUCAUACAACUGAAAAGGCACAUGUACAUGUUGAAUGAAGGUCCUUUUUUGGGUCUGUAGCCUAUAUUUAAUAGGGAUACUCUGAAAUUAAAGAAAACAUUGCUGUCAGACAGUGAGUAGUCUGUAUCAUGAUGAAUUGCAAAAGAAGGCACACAGACAGAUUUUUUUUUUUUUUUUACCCAUUGACGUCAACGUUUUUGAUUUCUGUGUCAAAUAAUGGCAUUGCAAAUAUUCAUCCUUUUUAUACAUUUGAUAACCUGACCUUAAACAUACACUACAUGACCAAAGGUAUGUGGACACCUGCUUGUCGAAGAUCUCAUUCCAAAAUCAUGGGCUAUAACAUGGAGUUGGUCCCCUCUUUGCUACUAUAACAGCCUCCA